UGGCCCUAUCACCACCUACGUUGAAAACGCUCUAUGACGUCAUCGUGGGAGUGUUCCAUCGGGAGAAAUGAACGUUCAUCAACACAAUCCUCUCAGCGCCCAUCAUGUGACAUCCCGAAACAUCAGUGGAAACUGUUGACCGAAGAGGAAAGAACAUCCCAGCUCUUGUACUUUGAAAGAGUGUUCAAAGGAAGUGGGUUUUGGAUAUUUCCUUGGAAUACCUAGGCUUUUUCUAUGCAGUGAAAUCCCAAUAGGCCUGCUGAUGACCGGAACUCAAGCCAACCCUGAGCUGUAAGCCGGAAGAGGAGAAGCUGGACGGAGGACAAGCAUGUCUUUGAGCCAAUCCGCAUGCACGCGCACAGGGCCUGAGUGAGUGAGCGCCAUACUCCUUACUUCCCGACUUUUGAAGCUGCCUCUCAAAGGGGGUGUGGUGUUGGGGCGUAGCUAGACCCCCGCACCCCCAGAGUUAACCCUGUGGCUGAGCAUCAGCCUGGCGCCCCUUGAUGGAUCAGGCUAGUAGUGAGCAGAGUCCUGAGGAGCCGGAUGCGGGAGGUCGGGCGGAGCAGGAGGUGGGCCGAAGGGCAUCUGAGUCGGAGCACGGUCUGUCCAAAAUCACCCACAAUGCACUGGAGAACAUGGGCGCGCUUGGCCACGGCCUGAAGCAGCUUUUCCAGCCGCAGCGCCGACGCUCGUCCGUCUCCCCGCACGACGCCGCCGCCUCCUCCUCAGGUGGCCCCGCCCUUGAGCCCCCUGACGGUGGGGGGCCAGAGGUUGGGGAUGCCCACUCGGCACCCGGUCCGGACUCUGACCCCCACACUACUUCCUCCGCUCCCCCUGCAGCUCUGAGCCGCGUUCUGCAGCAAAUCCGUGGCGCGCCCCCCAUAAUGAAGCGAGGGACCAGUCUGCAGAGCCGCCGCACUAAGGCGGGGGGGACCGGGGACCCCCCCCAGAAAGGCAGCCCCCAGAUCCACCGGAGGAGUACCCAGGAGGUUAUGCUGCUGCAGGCUGGCCGCCCGCGCUCCUCCUCCACCACGGACACGCCCACCAGCCCCGCCCUGGCCGACAUGCUGCUCACUUCCGGGUACCACUCCACUGAGGAGCCUGACAGGCUGGAUUGUCUGGACGGUUCCGGCCCGGCCGUAUCGCCCAACGCCCUCUCCUGCGGAGCCGACGGUUACGGGCUGGACUCGGUCGACACCACCCCUGACCCCCAGCGCACAAAACAGGCCAUCGCCCAGCUGCAGCAGAAGAUCCUCAAGCUCACAGAGCAGAUCAAGAUUGAGCAGACGGCCAGAGACGACAACGUGGCCGAGUACCUGAAGCUGGCCAACAACGCGGACAAGCAGCAGAGUGCCCGCAUCAAACAGGUGUUUGAGAAGAAGAACCAGAAGUCGGCCCAGACCAUCCAGCAGCUGCAGAGGAAGCUGGAGCACUACCACCGCAAACUGAGAGAGGUGGAGCACAACGGUAUCCCCCGUCAGCCCAAAGACGUGCUCCGAGACAUGCACCAAGGCCUCAAGGGCGUGGGCGCUAAGGUCACCGGUGGGCUCUCCAGCUUCUCCCACGCCACUCACUCGGCGGCCGGGGCCGUGGUGUCCAAGCCUCGAGAGAUCGCCUCCCUCAUCCGCAACAAGUUUGGCAGCGCAGACAACAUCUCUGCCCUGAAGGACUCCCUGGACGAGCCCCAGGAAGAUGGUCACGUUCUGGGGACUGGGGGGUCCAGGACCCUGGGGGGGGCUUCUAGCCCCAAGUACGGCAGCGAGGACGACUGCUCCAGUGCCACCUCCGGCUCGGCUGGGGCCAACAGCAUCACAGGGGCCCCCGGGGGCCCGCCCAGCUCUAAGGGCUUGAACACACUGGAGCACGGCCAGAGCUUGGGCUUGGAUACGCUGCUCCACGAGGUCCAGGAGCUCCGGGACAGCCAAGGUCGGCUGGAUGAGUCGUUUGACAGCCUGAAAAGCCAUUACCAGAGAGACUACACCAUGAUCAUGCAGGCCCUGCAGGAGGAGAGAUACAGGUGUGAGCGUUUGGAGGAGCAGCUGAAUGACUUAACAGAGCUGCACCAGAAUGAGAUCCUGAACCUGAAGCAGGAGCUGGCCAGCAUGGAGGAGAAGAUCGCCUAUCAGUCUUAUGAGAGAGCUAGAGACAUUCAGGAGGCUCUGGAGGUGUGCCAGACGCGUAUCUCCAAGAUGGAGCUGCAGCAACAACAGCAGCAGGUGGUCCAGCUAGAGGGCCUAGAGAACGCCACGGCCAGGACCUUGCUGGGCAAGCUCAUCAACGUACUGCUAGCCGUCAUGGCCGUGCUCCUGGUAUUCGUCUCCACCGUGGCCAACUGCGUGGUGCCCCUGAUGAAGACGCGCAGCCGCACCUUCUCCACGCUGCUCUUUGUCGUCCUCCUCGCCUUCCUGUGGAGGAACUGGGAGGUCAUCUCGCAGUACCUGGACCGCUUCCUGCUGUCCCCUAGUUGACCUACAGGGGUGGGGCUCUCUUAAUGAGUGACGAAGGGAGGCGACGGUGGGGCGGGGCUCCCUGAACAAUGAGGGACAGGCCUGGUGGGGGGUGACUAACUAACAAACCCGUACUCUGCCUCUGAUGCAUGUGGUGGAACCAGGCCAGCACAAAGGGCAGGUUUAGCGGAAAGGAGGAUGAGGAGCCAGGAGAUCUGCACACUUACUUCUCUCGCUCUCUCCAAGCAGUGAAAUUGUUUACAUGUGGAAGAUGUUUUCUUGCUUUUAGAAUUGAUUCAAGUGGUAUUGAAUUUUUCUUCUUGUUAUUGCAGUCAUUCAUGCAGAUGCUUGAGGGCUUUCUCUUGUGGCAGGAUUGGGAAGGUAAACAGCUGGCAUGUUGAUGAUCCACAUGGCUAGUGACUUAACCCUUUUUCCCUUCUCCUUUUCUCUACAUCCAAAAUCUCUCUUCCUUUUCUCUCUUUAACCCUAAAACCUCUCCUUUCUCCCUUUUCUUACUCCCAAUAUGUUCUCUUCCGUGUUUGUCUUCCUCUGCCCCUCUUCUCAAUCACCCCAGUCUUUGCCCAUUUCACCAAAUAGCUCUUCUUUUUGGGAGGUUUGACGUGACUAGCUACAGUGCACUGCUGUGGACAAAAUCAAAUUUAUCACUGGAUCAAGCAAGUGAUGGGUUCUUGACUUGUUUCUAUUGGACGAGCUAAACGCGACGUUGGGCCUGAUUGGAUCAGGACUGAGUCGGAAUAUGCUCAGCUUGAAGCCCCGCACUCUUGGCCUGGCCUGUUGGAUCCGCCCCUGCUGAGACUAUAAACUAAUCUAUAAACUGAAUGAACAUACUUGAAGAGCUGUGAAGCUUCUCAGUCUUUCAGUGCUUCCGUACUGUUUCUAUUAGUGACAAUGAAAUGUAAACUUUUUAUUUUUUAAAACAAAUAAACAUGCGGUUUUAAAAUUAAAGGAUUGAGUCAACA